CAGGGAGGUGACGACUGGUGACACGCCACCAUGUACUGCAGGGAGCAGCAGGCGAAGACUCCCAAAGAUAAGCCAUUCUCAACGAACCAAUGGAGGCAGUUCAGACUCAUAUAAACAGUCCACCUGUAAGUCCUUGCCUAUGAGCAGGGCCAUGAAACAUUCUCCCACCCUUGUUUUCAAUCAUAGAUAUAAAAAAGGGAGGUGGCACCUCCCUGUCUCGUAUUCAAAAUCUCCCAAAUGGUCGUCUCCCAAAACUCGUGUUCGUCCAUUUAAAAGAAGGCAAAUUGAAAAAGAUCCAGUUGAC